GGUGCAUAUUAGAAAGCCGCUAAAUCAUACACAGAGUCUGAAUUUGGUUCGAUGAUGCAAUCCAUUGACUCAAUGAACCCCCAAGCUGGAGCUUAUCUACUGGAUGUCGGCUUUCACCGUUGGAGUAGAGCGUAUUUUCCAGGACAUUGAUACAACAUUAUGACCACAAAUAUUGCUGAGUCAUUUAAUGCCCUUGUCAGACAUGCACGGGGCCUACCUAUAACCAUGCUCUUGGAGUUUAUUCGUGGUACAAUGCAACGAUGGUUUUACGAGAGGAGAACCCAUGCAAGUGAAUGUCAUAACUUCCUCACCCCUUGGGCGGAAGAUAAGAUCAGUAAUCGUCUUUCAAAGUCUGCGAGUCUGGAUGUUCGACCGAUUACACCUACUCGGUAUCAGGUUGUUGGAUUUGGUGGAUUCAUGGGUAUUGUGGACCUUGGUGACAUGUCUUGCACGUGUAGAAAGUUUCAACUUUCACGUAUUCUGUGCAAGCAUGUCAUUGCCGUUGCACGACAUAUGAGACUGACGAAUGUGCACGCAUGGGUUCAUCCAUUCUUUCGCACCGAUAUUUACCAUGUAAUAUAUCAGAAACCGAUCAAUCCUCUUGGAAAUCAAUGUGAUUGGUUACACUCACUGGAAGACAGAGUUAUAUUGCCCCCCGUCCUCAAUAGUCGUUGUCCAGCUGCCAGCGAUCAACUCAGUUACUUGUUUCACUACAAUGACAACAUUCAAAAAUUGAAAAAGCAAGUUGAGAAGCUGAGGGAUAGCAGAGACAUGGUGCAAAAGAAAAUCGAGUCUGCUGAAAGAAAUGGAGAAAUCAUCUUCACUAUUGUUCGAGACUGGUUAGCUGAAGUUGAUGAUGUUUCUGCAAAAGCUGAAGAGUUUUUGGAACGUGAAAACAAGGCCAACAAGAGGUGCCUCAAAGGGUGGUGCAUUAAUCUCAGCCAACGUUCUCGAUUUAGUCAGGAGGCAAAAAAGCAUACUCAAGCAAUUUCUGAUCAACUUCAAGAACGGGGAAACUUUAAGAGUGUGUCUUGUCCUGCUCCUCCAUCUAGAAUUAUAUCUUCAUCUGAGGUAUUUAAUUCUGGCCCAUUCAAAUCUAGAAAUUCAAUUAAGAAAGAAGUUCUGAAGGCUUUAAUAAAUGCUAACAAUGUCAACAAAAUUGGAAUAUGUGGGAUGGCGGGCAUCGGUAAAACCACACUAGUUGAAGAAAUCAGCCAAUAUGUUAUAGAAGCCAAGCUAUAUGAUGUUGCAGUGAGGGCAAUUGUCUCUCAAACCCCCAGUAUUAUGAAGAUUCAAGGCGAAAUUGCUGACAUAUUAGGCUUUACAUCUCUUCCUACUCAUUCUGAAUUGGCAAGAGCAAGUUCAUUAUGGGAGAGAAUCAAGAAAGAGAAGCAAAUUCUCAUAAUAUUAGACGAUGUUUGGGAAAUAAUUAAAUUGGAUAAGAUCGGUAUUCCUUUUGGGAAUGACCACAGAGGUUGUAAAAUUUUAAUCACUUCUCGACGCAGAGAUGUAUGUAAUGGAAUGGAAUGCCAAAAGAUAUAUACGGUUGAAACUUUAUCUAAACGAGAAUCUUGGGAACUUUUUAGCAAGAAUGCGGGCUCAAUUGUUAAAAAUUUUGAUAUUAACCCAAUUGCAAGAGAGGUAACUACUCAAUUUGGGGGAUUGCCACUUGCAAUUGUGACAAUAGCAAUAGCUUUAAAAGGUCAAGACAAGCAUGUGUGGAGCAAUGUAGCACGACAACUUAAAAUGUCUACCUCUUCGAGCAUCCCAGAAAUGGAGAGAAAUGACUACAAAAUUCCUAUUGAAGAUUUGGUCAGAUAUUGGACAGGCUUGAAGUGGUUUGGAGAUACUAAUGAGGCAAUUGAGGAUGUUAGAAACAAGGUUCAUGCUAUUGUAAGUACCUUAACCUCUUCUUUUCUCUUGAUUAAAGAAGGUAAAAAGUAUGUAAAAAUGCAUGAUGUUAUUUGUGGUUUUGCAAUAGCUAGAGCUCCUAUAUACAACCAUAAAUUCAUGGUAAAUGCUGCAUUGGGACAUAGAGAUACAUUUAAAGAUUUCACAUGUAUCUCAUUGAUGUCAAAUUAUGUUAGAGAGCUACCUUAUGGGUUGGAAUACCCAAAAUUGGAGGCUUUAUUGCUACAGAAAAAUAAAAGUUUUGUUGUCCCUAGUAGACUCUUUGAGAAAAUGGCAAAUCUCAAAGUUUUAAACUUGGGACGAACAUACCUCGAGCCAUUACCUUAUUCACUUUCAUCUCUCUCAAAUCUUAGAACAUUAGAUGUUAGUACUUCCAAGUUGGUUGAUCUAUCUGUAAUUGGAAGGCUAAGUAAUCUUGAGAUUCUUUCCCUUUCUAAUUCUAAAUUUGUUGAGGAGAUCCCUUUAUCCUUUAAUCAAUUAACUAAUCUCAAGUUGUUAGAUUUGAAUAAUAUGAAUUUAAAACUCAUACCUCAUCGUGUUAUAUCCUCUCUUCAAAAGUUAGAGGAGUUGUACAUUAAUCAUUUUGUUAAUUGGCAAUCUAAAAGUGGUAGUGAUGCCAAUCUUGUAGAGUUAGCAGAAUCUAAAAGUGAUAGUAAUGUCAAUCUUGUUGUGUUAGCAGAAUCUAGAAGUGGUCGUAAUGUCGAUCUUAUUGAGUUAGCAGAAUCUAAAGGUGGUAGUAAUGUCAAUCUUGUUGAGUUAGCAGAAUCUAAAAGUGGUAGUAAUAUCGAUCUUGUGGAGUUAGCCAAAUCUAAAAGUGGUAGUAACAUCAAUCUUGUUGAGUUAGCAUAA